AACUGAAUAUCUGUAUUUUUAGUAGUAGUGCACUAAAUAUAUCACGAGAAUUCUAAUACUAAAUCUAAAUCUAAAACAUUUCAGCUUGUAACAUCUUAUUACUCAUACCCAUUUCAACCAUUUAAUUUCAUAUUUAUAUUUCAUAUUUAAUAUUUUAUAUUUUAUUUUAUUUUAUUUCCAUUAUACUCAAUCAUACUAAGUGUUCCAGUUCAUAAUGUCUCAAAGUUCAGUAGAUAUACCUCCAAUCACUGUUAAUGCUUCAGUAUCUACAUCUCCUACACCUUCUCAAAUAGUUGCUCCAAGUCAAUCACCUUCAAAUCCAAGUAGUAAAGCAACCACUCCAUCUUCAUUAUCCAUGGCCAAUAGAAAGAAAAAUAGACCUAAAUCUUUAAAUCUUACCAAUAAAUCUCCAACAAAUAGUGAUCUUGCUCUUCGUAUAGUAAGUCCUGGUAUACCAUCACUUAGUCAAGAAAUGAAAUCAACUAUGAUUAAAUCUCAAAAAAUUGAACUUCAACAAAGACAUCUUAUUGCUUCUAUUAACAGUGCUGGUACCAAUGGAUCAAAUCUAAUUUCUUCCCCUGUUUUAUCAGAUGAAAGAUCAUCUCCAUUAAUAUCUUCAACUUCUUCUGCUCCUACAAUCUCAACUACUGCAAAUACUACUUUAGGAAGUAAUUCUGGUUCUAAGCCAAGCUCAUCUACUAUAGCAUUUAAUAAUACAAAAAGAUCACUCGCCCAUAUGGCUGAUGAGCUAGAUAUUCAUUUAAGUACGAAAUCAAAUUCUAAAUUGACUAACUCAAAAAGAUUAAAACGAGCUCAAAUUCCUACACCACUUGUAUUAAACCCAUCAUUAAAUCAAGAUCAACAACUUCAUCCUACUAUACAAUCAGCUCCUAUCAGACCACAAGUUCCUGGAAGUCAUCUGAAUCCUCAACAACAAUUCCCUAGAGCUCGAACUGCCCAAACUUAUGGGAGAACUAUUCCUCCAUUUAAACGAGUAGGUGCUGUUGGAGCAAAUUCUUCACAAUCCCAACUCUAUGGUUAUCCAGCACCUCAUCGUAUUCAAUAUAGGCCGGUUCCAAAUACUCAAGUUGUAUACCUGAAUUUCCCAGUACCUUAUAUGUCAAGUUACCCUAUUAUACCAUCACAAUAUGCUCAAAACCCUUAUCAUCAAGAUUAUCCAAGGCGAGCUGUAGUUCCUUACACAUCUGUUAGUUCUCAGUUUCCUCGUGGUGUAAGAUAUGUUUCUGCAGCUCCUGCUAGUGGAAGAUUUGCAUAUCCAUCUCACCCUAUAGCACAAAGAAUUCCAAACGAUGAAACUGAAGUAAUUGAUGUUGAAGAACUGGAUGAAACACCAGCAAAUUCUAACUACAGUGAUUCUUCUCGCAUGGCAAAGCUGUUUUCAGUCACAGAUGUUUACCAUGGUGACAUUUCGAAAGUUGCACCUCUUAACUCACAACCAUUGUCCGCGCAAAGAGAAUUCUUUAAUAAAGAAGAAGUUGAAGUUAUUAGAGGACCUAGUCACGAAAGUGAUGAAAAUCAUGCCGAUGAAGGAACUUUAAAUGAUGAUGAUGAAGAAAAUAGUGAAAAGCAGGAUGAUGAAAACGAAGAGAAUAUUCAUGAAAAGAAGAGAACAAUCCAGUCUCAACAACAACAUCAAUACUAUUAUCAUCAACAAAGACAUCAUCUAGGUGGUGGACCAUGGAGUAAUGCCACACCCGCUACUUCAUCCUUGAGAUAUCCUCAGUCAGUAGGUGUUAAUAAUCAAUUCGAAGCAAUUAAAAACGGUGAAAUUUUUGGAUCAAUAAAUUUGAUGAAUGAAAGUAUAUUUAAUUUUAGAAUUUUUAAGAACUCUUCGAAUCAUGAUGAUGAAGCAGAAAAUGAGAACGAGAAUGAAAAUGCAAAUACAAAUGAAAAUACAAAUGAAAAUGCAAAUGAAAAUGCAAAUAGAAGAAAACAGAAGUUAAAUGUAGAUCAUGAAGAAGAGAUAAGUGAAGAAGCCGAACAAGACAAAACUCCCCCUCUAUCACCGGAAAGAAACUGGCUCUUAAAAGAGAAAGCAAAGUUUUUAAAGAUUUGUGAGACUAGCUGGGAUAAAUUUGUAGAAUCUAAAUUCCUAGAAAAUUCAAAUACUGCAACUUCGACAACAGAAUUGCCUUGAUCGAAUUUAAGUUAGUUAAGUCUUUUGUUUUUUAUAACACGUGCCUCUGAUUUAUUUAUAUUAUAUUUAAUGUACAUAGAUAUAGAAUAAAGUAAAUGAUAUCUAAUAGAAA